UUUGGACUCUGAGGGAGGUGGAGGCGGGUAUAAAUCUGAGCUGCUGCAGCUUCACAGACGCUCACAGGAAGAAACACACAGACAGUCAGGAUGGAGGUGAAGCUGCUGUUUCUGACUGUUGUUCUGGUCUCCUCACCGCUCCUCACACUAUGUGACCCGCUGUAUGUUCUGUCGGCUCCUAAUCUGCUGAGGGUGGGUUCUUCAGAGAACGUGUUUGUGGAGGCUCAGGAUUACUCUGGAGCAGCUUUCGAUGUGAAGAUCAUAGUUAAGAACCACCCAAAAAAAGACAAGGAGAUACUGUCUCAAUCAGUGUCACUGACUGCAGCCAACAAUUUCCAAAUCCUUAAAGACAUAAAGAUUCCUGAUGAUCAGAACUACUUCUCUGACGAUCCUCUGGAGAAGCAGUAUGUGUAUCUACAAGCUCACUUUCCAUCCGUCACUCUGGAGAAAGUGGUCCUGCUCUCAUUCCAUUCUGGAUAUAUAUUUGUCCAAACAGACAAACCCAUCUACACACCUGCUAGCACAGUUCAGUACAGGAUUUUCUCUCUGACGCCCAACCUGGAACCACUCAGUCAGUCUGGAAUCACAGUGGAAAUCAUGAAUCCAAAAGGCAUCACAGUUUCAUCAGAGAAGAUAUUUCCAGUGAAAGGCAUGAAGUCUGGAAAAUAUGCCAUUCCUGAGAUGGCCAGUCCAGGGAUCUGGAAGGUGGUCACACUGUUCUCAAACACUCCUCAGAAGACAUUUACUGCUGACUUUGAGGUCAAAGAAUAUGUGCUUCCAACAUUUGAAGUCAAAUUAAAGCCCAGUAAGUCAUUCUUCUACGUGCAUGAUGAGAGUCUGACAGUCGACAUUGAAGCCAAGUAAGACAAAAUAUGUUCUGCUGCAUUGUUUUGAAAAUUAUAUUUUGUCCUGUAUUUCUUUUUCUUUAUUUUU